AUGGACGGUCGCGUAAUACGAGGCGUUCAGCGCGCCGCACUUGAGCAAUGGUCCGAAUUCAUAGCCAAGAGUCUGGCUCACCGCAUAGAUCCCGAGAAGUUCGAAUCCUAUGUUCCAUUUCUCCAAGCAAAGCAUCCGUUGCCGCCAGUUGCCGUCGCCGAUCUCUUCUUACGACCGCAACCUCACAAUCACGAGAGCCUCGACCCUCGAGUCCCACGCUACCUCCAGGUCCUCUCUAGACUGAACUAUAUCGAUACGCCUUCGAUUCUUAAAGCUUUGUACAAGUAUUCGACCUCUCGUGGCCACUCCCGAGAAGCUGGACAAUUGCCCAAUGUCGAAAACCAGACAACAAGCUUCCCACGAUGGGAGAGCUCGUAUGCGGCCGAGGAGGUCAUGUUCUACAGGCUCACCAAGUCUGUAGCACAAGGGACCGCAAUACAAAACACAGGGACGGGUCUUGAGAUCGCCAACGUCAUGGCCAAAUGGAUUGCGCUCUUCACCGACGCCGCCACAGCCUUCACGGUCGAUGUCAUGGGGCAGCUUCACAGUAGCCAGGUAAGAGAAGAGAUGGAAUCGGCGCGUGCCGCAUUCGUAGCUUUGCUUCUCGGGGUGUGCGAAAAUCAGGUUGUUCUCAAGGCUUUGAGUAAACCCGAAGCCCAAGAAAUCAGAAAGGCAUUGUCCGAAAGCCUCGCCAACUUCGUCCCAACCAUCAUGCAAAGUGCUGGCCCUAUCGCGACCCGUCUCGAUAUGUUCCGGACGAGUACGCUAGCAGGCUUUGAGCCAGUCGACGAGCAGAAGAACAAGUCGAAUGCCGAGAUCGAGGACUUGUUUGACUCCACGGUAGCAUUGGAGAACUUUGUAGUGUCUGAGCUACCGAUAGUCAACUCGAGGGCUGGUCUUUACAUAUACUUGAAUGCUGCACUAGUUGGCCGGCCAUUGAUCGAUGAUCUAGCCAUCUUCAACUACUUGAACAAUAGAUACCAGGGCGAUGUACAAUCAACAACUGUUGACCUCAUCCUGGUCUCGUUCGACAUACUGGCCAAUGCCGCCUCCCGCAAUGAAGGGAAACAAGCGGCACAUCUAUUGCGCUCAUUUCUCAUGAAUAAAUUACCGAUUCUGAUUGAAAGUCUGAGCAAGCAUAUGUACGGCCCAGUGAAUGCAGAAUACUGCAUCACGGAAGCUCUCAGCCGCGUCGACACGACCACCUUUCCCACACUAUCAUCAAUGUUCGAUGAAACCAGAAGUAACAAUCCCUUCACAGACUCAGUUCGGGAAGACUUUUGCUGGGCUUGUUGUCUCCACGGCCUAUUGCGGGAAAGCAGUAUUGAAACUCUCCUUGGAGAAACACCCUAUUCAUCCCUUCCAGCAAGCGGGAGAUACGUCAAAGAAAAUCUUGUCGCAGAAUGCCUUGCAGAUCCGGAGAGAAUGCAGGCUCUGAUUGGGGAGCUAGACAGCAAAGAAGGAAACGCCGGCGCCGUGUGCCAAGCUUUGACAGAAGUAAUGGGGCAGCUUUGCAGGAAUAAGGAGACAAUGUCCCUGAAACUAUUAUGCAGUCAGUUGGCGCAGAAGCCAUUGUCUCUUGAUGUCAUGCUGAUGUUCGAGAAACCUGCAACGAUUCUUCAUCCUUUGUGCGACCUUCUGGACAACUGGAAGUACGAUGAGGACCAAGGAGAGUAUCAACCCGUGUACGAGGAGUUUGGCUCAAUUCUGCUUCUCGUUAUGGCUUUCGCAUUUCGAUACGGUCUUUCGGCAUCAGAUAUGGGGAUCAUAUCCUCUGACUCUUUUGUGGCAAGACUACUCGGCCACGGCCACCAAAGUCGGUCUUUGGAAGAGUUAUCAGACCAAGAAAAGGGCCAUUUGGAUGGGUGGAUACACGGCCUCUUUGACUCGGAAGCGGGCGGACUAGGCGAUGAGCUGAUGUCGUCCUGCCCGCCUCAGGACUUCUACUUACUAGUGUCGACUCUGUUUCACAACAUCGUUCUAGCGUUCAGUACAGGACACUUGGCCGAAGAGAGCCUCAGAGGAGGCAUUGAAUAUCUUGUCGAUACGUUCCUUCUGCCAUCCCUCGUCGUUGCGAUCACUUCUCUUGCCAACUCAUUGUGGGUUGAGCGUCCUGACUGCCAAAAGGCGAUUGUCAGGGUACUCAACUCUGUUUUGGCACCAACAUCUAUAUCCAAUGAAGCGCAAGCCAUGCUCUCUUCUGUGAUGAACAUAGUUGCCAAGCCGCUGGAGCAUUCCCUCAGGGCAUACCAACGAUCAGACCCAAAGAGUCAAGAGGUUGAACCGCUUUUAAAAGCAAUCAAAGAUAGUAUCCCACUCUCCAGGAGAACGGGAGCCGCCGACCACCAAGAACUGGACGCUUGGUCAAUGGGAGGAUUCUCUAAUUCUAUCCGACAGACGCUACAGCAAUUGGUGCAGUGGAGCAUUCACCCAACAAUGGACAGGAUGCCUCCCGCGUACACCCAUCGACAGAUGUUGGUGGCGAUGAAACUUCUCGGUGCAAAACGCUUACUGCAGCUCCUUUACGAAGACAUCAGACAACAAACAGAAACGGGCAGCGGGAGCAUCAUUUACGAUGUGGCAACAGCAUUAGUCUGCGCGCCCGACGUGGUGAACACGCCGUCGAACCCGAUCAACUUUAUCGACAAUUCAGGCAAUGUACCGGCUCCCAUCCAGAGGAAGCUUACUCUGCGAGAGGUUCUGAAGUCAGAUGCCGAGGAGUGUAAAAAGCUGCAGAAGGUCGACAUGAACCUUGCCGAGAUUGUUGUGAGGCUGUACCGCAAGGUAGAGACUCAGAUGGCCGUAUCCCAGGCUGAGGUCAUCCAAGCAGACACCAUGCUGCAGACUGAUCUCGGUCUGAGCUUAGACGCUGGCGCAGGCUCACUCGAUGAUGCCAUGGCUGCCGCGGCUGCCAAUGUUGCGCAAGGCGACGGAAUGUCUGUGGACAACGUCAGUCUCGAUCUGGGCCUAGGAGGUGUUGGCGGUGAUCUUGGUCUCGGGGGCUCAUCGAACAAUGGUGGAGGGUCACUGGAUCUCGGUGCCGACGACCUCUUCAGUGGCCUCGGUGCUGGUGACGAUUUUCAAUGGGACAACAUGGACCUAUCUUAG